GCGUUCAUCAAAGGACAGUGAUUCUAAAAUCAAUUUAUAAUGUGUAAAUAACCUUGACAUAGGCAUAAAAGGCAAUUGAUACCGUGGAAAGAAACGCAACGGCACGUGUUUAUGUAUAAUUAGUAUUUUUAAACGGCUAAAAACAUCGCUGGGCAUUUUAGAUUUAGCCUACAGGAUGUCAGUUGUAUUAUGUAAUGUUGCUUCAGCAACUGGAAAUGACAAUAACAAUAAUAACGACAAUAUUAGUGAGGAUUCGAAUCCGGUUACCAUAUACAGGUGUCGUGCUCCAAUAGCAUCGUUAGAUUGUAUGGAGGAAUUCAGUGGUACGACAGCACAGCUAGAUUUCGGUCGUUCUACCAGUUUGGGUUCAAAUGCUGCUAUUCCAGUUCGCAACAAUGCUACAACCACACCUGGUUUGCGUUACAAAAACCUUGGCAAAAGUGGUCUUCGAGUAUCGAAUGUUGGCCUCGGAACAUGGCCUAUCUUUUCCGCUGGGGUUUCAGAAGAACAAGCUGAAUCUAUUCUACGGUUGGCUGUCGAUAGCGGUAUCAAUCUUUUUGAUCUAUCGGAAGCACAUUCUGAGUUCGUGAUUGAUAUUUUUUUAACAGGAGCUCGCGCGGAAAUUGAAUUGGGAAAAAUAAUCCAAAAGACAGGAUGGAAAAGAACAAGUUUCAUUAUAACGACAAAAAUCUACUGGAGCACUAAAUCCGAAGAGCGCGGUUUGUCUAGAAAGCAUAUAAUAGAGAGCGUUCAAGCAAGUUUGCAUCGACUGCAGUUAUCGUACAUAGAUAUAAUUCUCGUACAUAAGGCUGAUUCAAUGUGCCCUAUGGAAGAAAUAGUUCGUGCAAUGAAUUAUGUAAUUUCUCAAGGAUGGUCAAUGUAUUGGGGAACAGCCAGGUGGUCUCCAGUUGAGAUCAUGGAAGCUUACACGAAUUGUAGACAGUUCAACUGUGUGACCCCUAUUGUUGAACAGGCUGAAUAUCACAUGUUCUGCAGGGAGAAAGCGGAGCUAUAUCUUCCUGAGAUGUACAACAAAAUCGGUGUUGGUUUCAUGGCUUGGGGCCCACUUUCAAUGUGCUUAGGUGACACACAAAAUGGUGAACGAUUGUGGUUACCUAAAGGAUCAUUCAAAACCAAAAGUCAAAGUUAUUCCUGGACCGAAGAUGAAGUCAAUAAAGAAGAACGGCUGGAGGAAACACGAAGGAUGUACGAUAAAGCCAGAGAUAUAAGUAACCUUGCAGAAAAAUUGGGAUGUAAUGCAAUGCAACUAUCUAUUGCAUGGUCACUAAAACAUGAGCCAGUGCAAUGUUUGCUUUUGGGAGCAACUUCUGCUGAACAACUUCAUCAAAGUUUGCAAGCUUUACAACUUUUACCACGUCUAUCAACUGGUGUGAUGUUAGAGAUUGAGCGCAUUUUGGACAACAAACCUGUGAGGCCACCUCCCAUUUCGACACUUGCACUUCGGUGACAAUCAGCCUGCCCCCCGGGGCCUCCUAGCUCAACAGGAGUGCCUUGUGGGGCAGAGUCUCCGAAGGAAGAAGAUAUCAGUAUG